AUGGACGUUUUUGUUGAUGGUGAAUUGGAGUCUCUCUUGGGGAUGUUCAACUUUGAUCAAUGUUCAUCAUCUAAAGAGGACAGACCGCGAGACGAGAUGCUUGGCCUCGCUAGCCUUUACAAUGGUCAUAUUCAUCAACAUCAUCACCAGAACAACGUCUUGUCUUCUGAUCAUCAUGCUCUCUUGCUUCCUGAUAUGUUCCCGUUUGGUGCAAUGCCUGGAGGAAAUCUUCCGGCCAUGCUUGAUUCUUGGGAUCAAAACCAUCACCUCCAAGAAACGUCAUCUCUUAAGAGGAAACUACUUAACGUGGAGAAUCUAUGCAAAACUAACUCCGACUGUGACGUCACAAGACAAGAGCUUGCGAAAUCCAAGAAAAAACAGAGGGUAAGCUCGGAAAGCAAUACAGUUGACGAAAGCAACACUAAUUGUAUAGAUGGUCAGAGCUUAAGCAACAGUUCAGAUGAUGAGAAAGCUUCGGUCACAAGUGUUAAAGGCAAAACUAGAGCCACCAAAGGAACAGCCACUGAUCCUCAAAGCCUCUAUGCUCGGAAACGAAGAGAGAAGAUUAACGAAAGGCUCAAGACACUGCAAAACCUUGUACCGAACGGGACAAAAGUAGAUAUAAGUACGAUGCUAGAAGAAGCGGUCCAUUACGUGAAGUUCUUGCAGCUUCAGAUUAAGCUGUUGAGCUCGGAUGAUCUAUGGAUGUACGCGCCAUUGGCUUACAACGGACUCGACAUGGGCUUCCAUCACAACCUUUUGUCUCGGCUGAUGUGAUUGUGAAGGACUUACAUACAAAAGUUACAACGUAAUAAUUUGUAAAGAGCAACCCAUUUUAGAACAUAAUAUUAUCCUUAAUUGGGGCCAACUAAAGAGAUCUACUAUAAGAUCCUACGUACCAUUUUUCUUUUCUUUUUUUGUUGUUGUUCGUUCUGAUAUUAUUGUUAUUCUUAAUUAA